UUAUCAAGCAACUUACAGCACAUUCAUUUUUCCCUUUGUUCUGUCUCUGCUGCAGCCUCACAGUUAGCCAAGUUGGCCAGAACUUCACGUUCGUGCUCACUGACAUUGACAGCAAACAGAGAUUCGGGUUCUGCCGCUUAUCUUCAGGAGCGAAGAGCUGCUUCUGUAUCUUAAGUGGCGUUCUGUUCGAGGGCUGGGAAGCUGGACAGUUGGAAAGAGGUGUGUCUUCUGCACCAGCAGCCAGCCUCCGGGCUGUCUCCUGUAGGAGGAAGCUUCUUUUCUCCUCCUGGUCCUUUUCAAAGAAGACCAGCCUGGUUCAGCCUUCCCGCAAGCAACCUGAGCCCAGGAUUGUGGCUAUCUCCCCUGGUUCGAAGUAUUUUAUAAGCUACUUAACAUCUUGGCAGAUUACACGACAAAAGGACAGGAGAGUCAGUGGAAUGAGCUUCUUGAAACUCUGCAUAAACUUCCUAUCCCUGACCCAGGAGUGUCUGUUCAUCUCAGCGUGCAUUCUUAUUUUACUGUGCCUGAUACCAGAGAACUUCCCAGCAUACCUGAGAAUAAAUCUGACAGAAUAUUUUGUGGCUGUGGAUGUAAACAACAUGUUACAUCUGUACGCCAGUAUGCUCUACGAACGCCGGAUACUCAUCAUUUGCAGCAAACUCAGCACUUUGACUGCCUGCAUCCACGGCUCUGCCGCGAUGCUCUACCCCAUGUUCUGGCAGCACGUGUACAUCCCCGUCCUGCCUCCGCAUCUGCUGGACUACUGCUGUGCUCCCAUGCCCUACCUCAUAGGAAUCCAUUUAAGUUUAAUGGAGAAAGUCAGAAACAUGGCCCUGGAUGAUGUCGUGAUCCUGAACGUGGAUACCAACACCCUGGAAACCCCCUUUGAUGACCUCCAGAGCCUCCCAAAUGACGUGAUCUCCUCGCUGAAGAACAGGCUGAAGAAGGUCUCCACGACUACUGGCGAUGGUGUGGCCAGAGCCUUCCUCAAGGCCCAAGCAGCUUUCUUUGGCAGCUACCGAAACGCUCUGAAAAUUGAGCCGGAGGAGCCGAUCACCUUCUGCGAGGAAGCCUUCGUGUCCCACUAUCGCUCUGGAGCCAUGAGGCAGUUCCUGCAGAAUGCCACACAGCUGCAGCUCUUCAAACAGUUUAUUGAUGGUAGAUUAGACCUUCUCAAUUCCGGUGAAGGUUUCAGUGAUGUUUUUGAAGAGGAGAUCAACAUGGGCGAGUACGCUGGCAGCGAUAAACUGUACCAUCAGUGGCUCUCCACAGUCCGGAAAGGAAGUGGAGCAAUUCUGAAUACUGUAAAAACGAAAGCAAACCCAGCCAUGAAGACUGUCUAUAAGUUUGCAAAAGAUCAUGCAAAAAUGGGAAUAAAAGAGGUGAAAAACCGCUUGAAGCAAAAGGACAUCGCUGAGAAUGGCUGUGCCCCCACCACGGAAGAGCAGCUGCCAAAGACGGUGCCGUCCCUACUGGUGGAGGCCAAGGACCCCAAGCUCCGAGAAGACCGGCGGCCAAUCACAGUCCACUUCGGACAGCCACAAAGACUCCGUCCCACCCGCCCGCCGCCUCCCAAGAUACAGCGCUCCAGGCCCGUGCGCCCUCCCCGUCCACACGUCGUUAAGAGACCGAAGAGCAACAUCACAGUAGAAGGCCGGAGAACGUCUGUCCCAAGCCCUGAGCACCUGGUAAAGCCCUUGCGACACUAUGCGGUCUUCCUCUCCGAAGACUCCUCUGACGAUGAAUGCCAGCAGGAAGAGGGCCCGAGCUCUGGCUUCACCGAAAGCUUUUUCUUCUCCGCUCCCUUUGAAUGGCCACAGCCAUACCGGACACUCAAGGAGUCAGACAGUGCCGACGGCGACGAGGCGGAGAGCCCAGAGCAGCGAGCCCGGGAGCCCAUGGGCCCUGCCCCAGCUCCGCCCGACCGGGCUGCCAGCAUCGACCUCCUGGAAGACGUCUUCAGCAGCCUGGACAUGGAGGUCCCACUGCAACCACUGGGCCAGGCCAAGAGCUUAGAGGACCUUCGGACCCCCAAAGACCUCAGGGAGCAACCAGGGACCUUUGACUAUCAGAGGCUGGACCUGGGCAGGAGUGAGAGGAGCCACGGGAUGCCAGUGGCCUUGAAGCUCGCCCACCCAUACAACAAGCUCUGGAGCCUGGGCCAGGACGACAUGGCCAUCCCCAGCAAGCCCCUGGCCACCUCGCCCGAAAAGCCCUCAGCUCUGCUCGGGAACUCCCUGGCCCUGCCCCGCAGACCCCAGAACCGGGACAGCAUCCUGAACCCCAGUGAUGAGGAGGCACCCACCCCCACUCUGGGCAGCAUCACCAUUCCCCGGCCCCAAGGCAGGAAGACCCCAGAGCUGGGCAUCGUGCCCCCGCCCCCCACUGCCCGCCCAGCCAAGCUGCAGGCUGCUGGCACCGCCCUUGGCGACUUCUCAGAGCGGCUGCAGGCCGAGCGGGAGAGACGAGCUGCCCUAAGCCCAGCCCCGUUCCCCGGGCUCCUCCCCAGGGCUGUGCCCCAAGACCCCACUGAACUGCUCCAGCCGCUCAACCUGGCCCCAGGGACUGCGGGCACAGGCAGUGACGCCCUGCUGGCCCUCCUGGACCCACUUAACACAGCCUGGUCAGGCAGUAAUGUUCCACCAGGCCCUGCAGCCCCAAAUGUAGCCACCCCCUUCAGCCCCCAGUUCAGCUUUCCCCCGGCAGGGACCCCCACCCCAUUUCCACAGCCAUCACUCAACCCCUUUGUCCCGUCCAUGCCAGCAGCACUGCCUGCCAUGUCCCUGAUCUCCACUCCAGCCGGGCCUCUUGGGGCCCCUCCUGCCUCCUUGCGGCCAGCUUUUGCCCCCAGCCUCCUACUGUCCAGUUCUGGCUUCUGUGCCCCACACAGGUCUCACCCGAACCUGUCUGCCCUCUCCAUGCCCAACCUGUUUGGCCAGAUGCCCAUGGGUGCCCACACCAGCCCCCUGCAGCCCCUGGGCCCCCCAGCAGUUGUCCCUUCGAGGAUCCGAACGUUGCCCCUGGCCCGCUCAAGUGCCAGGGCUGCCGAGGCCAAGCAGGGGCUGGCCCUGAGGCCUGGAGACCCCCUACUCCUUCCUCCCAGGCCCCCCCAGGGCCUGGAGCCAGCACUGCAGCCCUCUGCUCCUCGAGAGGCCAGAGACCCCUUUGAGGAUUUGUUACAGAAAACCAAGCAGGACGUGAGCCCAGCCCCGGCCUCAGGCUCGGUGGAGCAGCUCAGGAAGCAGUGGGAGACCUUCGAGUGAGCCGGGCGCUGAGGCUCUGAGGCUUGUGGCCCUGCCGCGCCUGCGCUCUGUUUCUGCCCAGGUUCUGCUGGUGGGAAGGGAUGGGACCCCCCUGCUGCCCCUCCUCUCCACCACACUGCCCAUCUCUGAGGUCUGGCUGCUCGAGAAUGGCGCCAGUUCUGGUCUGGAAUGGACCCAGCUCCUGGGUGCCCGUGCCACCCCGCCACCACUCCUCCCCAGCACCCCUGACUGGGUUUUGCACUAAAGAGGUCAGCUGGGCCAGUGGCGGCCCCAGACCACGUCCUGCCCACCUUCCCUCUGGAAACCUCCCACCAGGAGCCCCAAGGCUCCUCAGGCAUCUCGUCCCGAGCCCUGUUCUCCUGCCCAUACAGCCCGGCCCUGCACACCCCUCCUCAACGGGCGCAGGCGUCAGCAGUACCCUCGGCGUGAGCUCGUCUGCCCGAGAUGCGUGGUUUGGAGUUUGAAGUAAGGAGCCCCCCUCCCAGGCUGGAAGACCCCCCGGCAGGCAUUUCCACACCCUCUCCAGCAAUAUGCACACUCAUUCUUUUGUGAGUCUUCACCCAACCCCAAACUUCAGUUGUUUCUGGCUCGAUAGGGAUUUGGCGGCUGAGGGAUCCUUGAGAUCCCUCAUGAUGGCCAAACCCAGCCCCAGUCAGCUCUGCAUGGGGGCUGGGAGCACCAGCAACUCUGAUUUGUAGAAGAGAACACAGCAACCGGCAAAUCUGAGUGCUUCAGAGGAGGAGCCAGGCCCUCAUCUGUCCAGGCGCUCACUCUGGCCCCCCGCGGGUUCUCCUGGUCUCGUAUUGCUGUCAAAUGGGGCUCAGGCUCUUGUUGCGUGGACUGCAGGGGCAAAGCCAAGAAGCAGGCCCCCAGAUCCCAACUGGAAGGCCAAGCUAAAGGCCCACAGACUGACGAGGGGUCCCCGCUGCCCGGGCUCCCGGGGUCAGGAAUGGGCAGGGGCACUGCGUGCCUUCCCCAGGCCAGUGGAAUGGACAGACUUGGCUUCCUGCACCUGGAGGCAGGAGGAGGGCUGGCGGCCACCCCCUCCCUGCACCUCGGAUUCUGUCCGCCAGCACAGAAAUUCCUGAGGCUGCCGUCACCAAAGCUAAAUUGAAAUGUUUUGUUAUUGUUUCUUUUAUCUUUCUUUUUCUUUACUUUAUUGGUUUGAUGAAUCUUGAAAUUGACUAGUUUGAAUAAACCAAGUUAAAAAAUGG